GUGACGUCAGCUCCCAGUUCGCCAGCGACAGAGUGAAACAAACAUGGCGACAGAAUGGAGCGGGCAGCAAGGCUACGUUCUGACUCUAAUCGUUUUCCUUUGGAGUGCAGUCGAGGGACGCACCGAAACGGCCACGUCGAGUGUCAGCAACAGCGGGACCCAGGUGCUCGGUAUGCGGCUGGAGAGGAGCGACAAACCGGCUACGACCACUGACGACGGGGUCAUACAGGUAACGGAGGAGAGCACAGUGCAGCUCCGGUUCUACGGUGUGCAGCUCAACUCGGGCACCUGGGCGCAGAUCCGCUUCACGGAACGAGGGGAUGGGAGUGAUGAGGGGGGGGACAAUAACAUUAUUGACGACACACCUAACAGGACUUGUGUUGAUUUCACCAAAGACUUCAGCAUCGCGACCUACAUGAACAUCAGUAGCCGGGGGACCACAGGGAUACUCAGCAUAAACAUUAAACCCCUUCGAAAGAGCGAGCCGCACAAGGAAUAUGGGUUGUGCAUCAAGAGUUUGGCCAAUGGCAGGUGGGCUCUGCUUGGGGAUAGCGACGGGAGACUCCGGGUGGUGGAGGGGGAGAAAACUCUCCUCCCCCUGUGGUUCCAGAUCAUCCUUAUCUGUUGUCUGUUGGUGCUGUCUGGCAUGUUCAGUGGGCUGAACCUGGGGCUCAUGGCUCUGGACCCCAUGGAGCUCCGUAUAGUCCAGAGUUGUGGUUCAGAGAAGGAGAAGAAAUAUGCCCGCAAAAUUGAGCCCAUCCGCAGUAAGGGGAACUACCUUCUCUGCUCGCUGCUGCUUGGCAAUGUCCUGGUCAACACCACACUCACCAUCCUCCUGGAUGACUUAAUAGGCUCUGGGCUGGGCGCUGUGGUCGCCUCCACAGUGGGUAUCGUGAUUUUCGGCGAGAUCGUCCCUCAGGCACUGUGCUCUCGCCACGGGCUGGCGGUGGGCGCCAACACCAUCCAGGUGACCAAGUUCUUCAUGUUGCUCACCUUCCCCCUCUCCUUCCCUGUCAGCAAGCUCCUAGACGUGCUCCUAGGCCAGGAGAUUGGCACUGUGUAUAACCGCGAGAAGCUGGUGGAGAUGCUCAGGGUGACGGAACCCUACAACGACCUGGUCAAAGAGGAGCUCAACAUGAUUCAGGGUGCUCUGGAGCUCCGGAGUAAGACGGUGGAGAGCGUGAUGACUCCGUUGGCACACUGUUUCAUGAUCCAGAACGACGCGGUCCUGGACUUCAACACCAUGUCGGAGAUCAUGGAGAGCGGCUACACACGUAUCCCCGUGUUCGACGACGAGCGCUCCAACAUCGUGGACAUCCUGUACGUGAAGGACCUGGCGUUCGUGGACCCUGACGACUGCACCACCCUGAAGACCAUCACUAAGUUCUACAACCACCCGGUGCACUUUGUGUUCCACGACACUCGACUGGACUCCAUGCUGGAGGAGUUCAAGAAAGGUAAAUCCCACCUGGCCAUCGUUCAAAAGGUGAACAACGAGGGGGAGGGUGAUCCCUUCUACGAGGUGCUGGGAUUGGUCACCUUGGAGGACGUCAUCGAGGAGAUCAUCAAAUCAGAGAUCCUGGAUGAGUCCGACCUUUAUACUGACAACAGGAACCGAAAGAAGGUGGACCCUAACAAGAGAACGCGUGACUUCUCUGCUUUUAAACACACGGAGAACGAGUGCAAGGUGAAGAUCUCUCCCCAGUUGAUGCUGGCUGCGCAUCGCUUCCUGGCUACAGAGGUGAGUCUGUUCAGUCCCUGUCAGGUCACUGAGAAGGUGUUACUGAGGAUCCUGAGGCACCCUGAUGUCAUCCAGGAGAUCAAAUUCAACGACGGCGACAAGCGAUCCGCUCUACACUACAUCUACCAAAGAGGCAAACCUGUCGACUACUUCAUACUCAUACUGCAGGGCCGAGUGGAGGUGGAGGCUGGAAACGAGAACAUGAAGUUUGAGACAGGACCCUUCUCCUACUAUGGAGUCAUGGCUCUUAGCUCACCAUCACUGGCCGUAACUCCCCCUCUCUCCCCAUCAGUGGCGUCCCCUCCUCCACGACGUCUCUCUUUAAAGAGAUUCUCUCUGUUCUCUCGCUUCCCAGAGUUCCGUUCUCCUACUCACGCGAGCGGUCUGAACCGCUCUGCGUCGCUAAGCUGCACUGAGCGUGGCGCUUCCGGAGAAUGCGGCUCAGUAACUGCUAGCAACACGCAGCUCACCGCCUGCCAGUACACACCAGACUUCUACGUACGGGCUCUCACUGACCUGCAAUAUGUCAAGAUCACUCGUUCUCAGUACCAGAAUGGUCUGCUGGCGUCGAGGCUGGACAGCACCCCCCAGUCCCCCGAGGGCAGCCACCCCCGUCUGGACAGCACCUCUGCGCUCCCCAUCACCCCACCAGCCCCUCCCCGCACCCCCUCCCCUGGCCACCACACCUUUCAAGCGCCCCCUUGCUCUCCCCCAUCCCACCCCCUCCCACCAGCCGUACCCCCUUACCCCAAACCACCACCCCCACUCAAGUCAACCCCCGCCCGGCCCUGCCCCAAUCCACCCCUCCUCCCACCAAAGGCACCCCGCUUCCUCAAACACCUCCUCCUGCCUCCUCGGGUGCACGCACCACUCACCCGCCUCCACCCUCCACCUCCUCUCUCCCCCACCCACCUCUUCCCUGCACCUCUCUCCCCCCCGAAUCCCCCUCUUCCGUGAGGCCAGGGGGGGAGAAUGGUCCGGGUGAGAAGACCUCUCUGCUGUCUGAGCAGCCGCAAAACUGCGUACGCGGCACACGCAGGCCCAGCUACCCACAAACACACACACAACACCCUCACACACACCAACACAUGCACACACACGUGCACACCGUCAGCCACGCACACACAGAGAGCACCAUCUGACAACAACCCCUGUGGGGGGGGUUGUUGUUAAGAUUUGUAAAAAUUGAAUACACACAAGUUUUGUUGGCCGUGGACUGGAGCACUGGAAGAUUCUAAGGUGCAUUGUGGGAACACUCAUGUCUCUGUCCUACCCGCCCACCUACCUCUCAAGAUGGGGUGAAGAGCAACACAGCUGCAUUACACACGUGUGCAGAGUGUGUGUGAUGCAGCUUGUCUCUGUCAUACAGGUAGGUGCAUUACACACGUGUGCAGAGUGUGUGUGAUGCAGCUUGUCUCUGUCAUACAGGUAGGUGCAUUACACACGUGUGCAGAGUGUGUGUGAUGCAGCUUGUCUCUGUCAUACAGGUGCAUUACACACGUGUGCAGAGUGUGUGUGAUGCAGCUUGUCUCUGUCAUACAGGUGCAUUACACACGUGUGCAGAGUGUGUGUGAUGCAGCUUGUCUCUGUCAUACAGGUGCAUUACACACGUGUGCAGAGUGUGUGUGAUGCAGCUUGUCUCUGUCAUACAGGUAGGUGCAUUACACACGUGUGCAGAGUGUGUGUGAUGCAGCUUGUCUCUGUCAUACAGGUAGGUGCAUUACACACGUGUGCAGAGUGUGUGUGAUGCAGCUUGUCUCUGUCAUACAGGUGCAUUACACACGUGUGCAGAGUGUGUGUGAUGCAGCUUGUCUCUGUCAUACAGGUAGGUGCAUUACACACGUGUGCAGAGUGUGUGUGAUGCAGCUUGUCUCUGUCAUACAGGUAGGUGCAUUACACACGUGUGCAGAGUGUGUGUGAUGCAGCUUGUCUCUGUCAUACAGGUAGGUGCAUUACACACGUGUGCAGAGUGUGUGUAAUGCAGCUUGUCUCUGUCAUACAGGUAGGUGCAUUACACACGUGUGCAGAGUGUGUGUGAUGCAGCUUGUCUCUGUCAUACAGGUGCAUUACACACGUGUGCAGAGUGUGUGUGAUGCAGCUUGUCUCUGUCAUACAGGUGCAUUACACACGUGUGCAGAGUGUGUGUGAUGCAGCUUGUCUCUGUCAUACAGGUGCAUUACACACGUGUGCAGAGUGUGUGUGAUGCAGCUUGUCUCUGUCAUACAGGUGCAUUACACACGUGUGCAGAGUGUGUGUGAUGCAGCUUGUCUCUGUC